CCACAGCGGGGCAUCGGCACUCCAGGUUCCAUUUAUGUAUUUUUAUAACAAUGUUAUCUUAUACUCCUCCUCAUUUCAUGGCUUUACAAACGCAUACCCUACAAGUACUUUCAUUCGCAAUCACCAUCUCAUCUAACGAUUAAAUCAUGACAACAAACGACAACACACCGAGUCUAGAAGCAAUUCUCCAACGUCUUCAACUCCUCGAAGACAAAGACGCACUAGCAACACUUCUCAACCGCUACUGCAACACGGCGGACGACCACAAAUGGGACGAAUUCGCCGACUGUUUCGUUCCCAACGGUGUUCUCGGCUUCGAAAGCUGGGGCGAUGUUGUGGGUGUUGAAAACAUCGCUGCUGCUGCUCGCGGGGCAGAAGACAGGUUUCAAGGCCUGCAGCACUCAAUGAGCAAUCUGCAGUUCACAGUCAGUGGAGACGCGGCCGAGGGGAGAUGCUAUCUCUGGUUUUCUGCGACGAUGGAUACGAGCAAGCCUCAUGAGUAUCACGCCUUUGGAGGACAUUAUCGGUUCAAGUUUCAGCGGACGGACAAGGGAUGGAAGAUAUCGAGGAUGCAGCUCAAGAAGAUUUGGGCGCAAAAUGAGGAUACAGAGGGAGUUUUCGGUUAAUCAUUUCGAGAAGAGAAUUAGCUGGAAGAGCUUAGUUUAAUAUAUGUCUGCCUCUAUAUCUAAGCUCUUGUGUGAAUAUCCAUUACAUCAAUUACCAGCAAGACCUAGAAGCGGCCCAGACUUAGG